AUGUCGACCUCCAAGGAGCCACCAAGCCAGCCAAAGUUUCAAACACACUUCACCUACAACUCAGACCAACAAUGGAUACCUCCAUCCUCGAGUCACAACCUACCCUCCACAGCACCCAAAGCCCCUGUCGAUCCUGAGGCUAUUCGUCUGAUGUCAUGGAACAUCGACAUGCAGAUUCCCCUUGGUAAUGAACGCAUGACUGCCGCUCUACAACAUCUCGAAACGCUCGUAACCUCGACGCCACCAGGGAUUGCUGUCGUAAUCUUCCUACAAGAGAUGACAUCCCGUGAUCUCGACCUCAUCACGUCUUCGCCAUGGAUACAGGAUCGCUUCAACAUCACCGACAAGCAAACAAUAUCAUGGCCGACACCAUACUACGGAACGACAACUCUCGUGGAUGCUCGCCUAAGUAUUGCUGGUGUCUUUCGUGUACCAUUUCGCAGCAAGUAUGGUCGUGAUGGUUUGUUCGUCGACAUCGCUCUUAGCAGGCAAUCUUCCUCCGCUGAAACCUCGUCGGAGGUGUUGCGUCUUUGUAAUGUACACCUCGAAUCUCUCGUUGCUGAUCCACCAAUCCGCCCUCAUCAGCUCUCUACCGUUUCUGAAUACCUCCACGCAUCCAAGGUUGCAUGUGCUCUCGUGGCUGGCGAUUUCAACGCCAUCGAGCCUUUUGAUAGGACGCUGCACACCGAUAACAAGCUUCAAGAUGCGUUCUUGUCUCUUGGAGGCAAAGAAGACAGUGAUGAGGGGUACACAUGGGGAUAUCAAGUGCCUGCUCAGAUGAGAGAAAGGUUUGGGUGUAGUCGUCUGGAUAAGAUUUGGUUCUGUGGCGAUGUGCGUGCCAAGUCUUUUGACAAGAUAGGAGUUGGUAUCAAAGAGGCUGGCGACGAAGAGUGGGUCAGCGAUCAUUAUGGGAUCAUGGGAGACUUUGAGAUCAGUAAUGAUUGGGUUUUGAGGACGGUAGGUAGGGGCAAAGAAGAGGAGUAA